CUUAUACCUCCGCCCUUGGGCCGUGGCGGGAUACUUAAGAUCCGGACGGUUAUGGUCAGGUAUGGGUUUACUACUCAGGAUAAGUUCUCACCGUCAAAAAGCUAUAGUCGAGUAUCAUGUAUGAAAAAGUCACCCAUGAAAGGAAGGUGUCGAAGUUUGUCUGCUCUUGCCCCCACAAAAUUUACUGACGCUGGUCAUUUUAUCCCUCUAACAGCAUGCUGUGUACAAGUAGAACCUUUGAGUUCACUUCCAGUUGAGUACGCUUCAGUAGUGACUAAGCCAUGCUCAAUAGUCUGCGAGGUAGCGUCUAUUCUGAAUGAAGAAGAGGAUUUUCAAAUACAAAUAAACAGAGAUGACCCUGUAAACAUAGAAUGUCACAUAUCUCUCCCUGUUCUACCAUUGUCUCUUCAGGACUAUGCAUCUCCUGAACCCAGCCUUGUACCUGACAGUAUUCCUAUGUUCACUAAUAUCACCGGGGGUCGGACUAUUUGGUGAAUUCCAUUCAAGUAUGUUCUCAGGAAUCCCAUUGAUGAAAGUAAAAACCUGAUGAUACCAUGUCAUUAGCAAAUGCGCUUGUCGGGUAACCAGCUCAUUUAUGUUGAUUCAAACUGUCUUGGUUAAAACGUAGUUAAUAUAUGAUCAGCAGCCACUUGACUCAAAAUAUUUAUUCAGAAAAGCUCCCCUUACAGUCGGUCUAAAUUUCCCAAAGAAUUUCAGAUGUAUUUUAACGGUUUAACCAAAGCAGAGAAAGUAGGCUCAUUUCUCCCCCAAUAUUUGCUCGAGUUUUGUUUUAUUGUAGCCUAACUGGCUUAGUGUACCAGCAAAAUCCUUUAGAUCGUGAGUUUUAUCUCAUUGAAAUAUAUAGAUAAGGAAUACAGUUUUUUGGUUCGUUAUGGGGAAGUUCCCCCAGGGUACUGGAAUGACUUACAUGGUACCAUAUAUCUUUUCAGGGUUUUUCAAAUAACCAUUUUUGCGAGAUCUGGUUUCAAGUUAGUGUUUUUCCAACGUUAACGUAUAUGUCCACACUGCUGAUAGGUAUUUUGAGGUAAUGUAAUCACUUUGUAAAUCAUUUCAUUCUUUCUCAUCUUGGAUACGCAUAUGUUCAUACCUGCUUGUAUACUUAUUUAUCACCAGAGUUUAGAUAUAAUUCAAAUUCAGUCGAUGUAACUCAUCUGCACUAGUUUUCUACUAGGUCUUGAGACUACCAAUAUCCCUUAGGUUGCAUACAUUUCUUUGCUUCAUAUCCAUUCGAGUCUUGUAUUGAUAUAUAGGCGAGACUCUAAUUUAAGGACGACCUUUGAUUGAAUCUUAAGUGACCUUGACAAUUAUUAGCCAAUCAGAAGAAAUUUAGUAUAAAGUGAAAACAUAUUAUACGAAAGUAAUGAAUUACAGUGUAGAUUCUUCUUUUACAUGAUUUAAAAACUUGUUAAGGUUUGGUUAAGGUUCAGAGGUUCUGAAUUCACAAUGCAUAUGGAAUAGAAACUCGUUAGGGUUAGAAUUAGUUGAGGGUUAAGGUUUAGGGUUAGGUUAGGGUUAGUUGAGGGUUAAGGUUUAGGUGAGGGUUUAGGGUUAAGGGUUAGGGUUUAGGGUGAGAGUUAGGGUUAGGUUUAGUUGAGGGUUAAGGUUUAGGGUUAGGGUUAGAGUUAGGUGAGGGUUAAGGUCAGGGUUAGGAUGCUAACAUACGAGUUUUUAAAUCAUGUCAGAGAAGAAUAUCCACUGUAAUUUAUUACUUUCUUUUAAUAUAUUUUUACUUUAUGCUGUCUUCUGAUUGACUAAUAAUUGAAAUUGCUCAAACGCUUCUGAUUGGCUCGUCCCUAAAUUAGAGUCUCGCCGUCCUAUCUGUUGUAACCUCUCAUUAAUCACCUACUCUCUAAAAUCCGCUGUGAACCGAUCGUAUGUUAGCAGCGCGUGUUGAACUUGGCUCCGUGACCCUGAAAUUGCUCAAACGCUUCUGAUUGGCUCGUCCCUAAAUUAGAGUCUCGCCGAUAUAUAUAUUACGGCUUCGUCGUUAAUUUUCCCUUGAUGUAAGCGUAAAAACGUAGUACAUAUUAGUGUUAGGUUACCGUGAAUAUUUCACCCUUGUUUUAUUCUGGUCUGUAUAAAGGUUAAACAGCUUUUGCGUUUCAAUACUAUUUGUUUUUUUCCAGGUCGUAAAUGGAACAUUAUAAACUAAGCUCUUGUUCGUUUGCUUGGAAUAGACAAAAUGAUCUCUACUGACUAUGUUUUUUCUUUGUGGUUUCACUGAUGAUAUUUCGUGACUUUUCUGGUCGGUAAGAAUUUUGUAAAUAAAUACUUCGUGUUAGUCAUUAA